AUGUUUGGGGUCACUUUCUCUGUGGCCAUUUCUAGUGUAUUGGCCAAAACCAUCACUGUGGUUGUGGCUUUCAUGGCCACUAAACCAGGAUCUCAGAUGAGGAGAUGGGUGGGGAAAAGAUUGGCCUUUUCUAUUGUCCUUUCUUGCUCUCUCAUCCAAGUAUGUAUUUGUAUUCUUUGGUUGUCAACAUCUCCCCCAUUCCCUGAGUUGGACAUGCACUCAGAGCUCCAAGAAAUGAUUUUACAAUGCAAUGAGGGGUCAGUUUUCUUCUUUUAUUGUGUCUUGGGCUACAUGGGUAUCUUGGCCAUUGCCAGCUUUAUUGUGGCUUUUCUUAUCUGUAAAUUACCUGACAGCUUUAAUGAAGCCAAGUUCAUCACCUUCAGCAUGUUGGCCUUUUGCAGUGUGUGGAUCUCCUUUUUUCCAGCCUAUCUGAGCACAAAAGCAAAAGCUAUGGUAGCUGUGGAGGUCUUCUCCAUCUUGGCCUCCAGUGCUGCACUACUGGGAUGCAUAUUCCUCCCAAAAUGCUUCAUCAUUGUUUUCAGACCUGAACUGAACCACAGAGAGAAACUCAUAAAGAAAAAUUAG